AUGGCAGGACCACAGGACGUGGUGCCUGUCCUCUUCGCGUUCCCCACAUUCGCAUUCCGCGGCGCUCCGGAGACGCAUAUCGCACAGGCGCUUGUUAAAGCACCCAUGCCCCCACCGACUCCAACGUCGUCGGAGGAGUGGGAGGGCGGCGGCGGCGCCGGGCCGCUGGACGGCGCCGCGCUGCGCCGGUUGGCGGCCGGCCGGCGCCUGCCCGCCACGCCCGCGCCGCGCCCAGCUGACCCAGACAUCGACGGCGUGCCAGUGGACGAGGACAUAGACGGCGUGCCGCUGGACGGCGGCUCGGGCGGGUCGGGCGGCGGCUCGCCGGCGGGCGCGUUCGUGCCGUCCCGCUGGGAGAGCGUGGAGCCCGCCGCCUGGCGCCGCUCGCCGCCGCGCGCGCCCACGCCGCCCGCGCCGCCGCCGCCGCCGCCGCCCGCCAUCUCCGCCGCGCAGACAGACAGCGAGGAGCAGUCGCUGAAGCGAGAGACGCUGCGCGAGAUCGAAGUGCGCGUGCUGAAGUACGCCGACGAGCUGGAGGCCGGUGCCCGCCCGCGCCGCGCCGGCCUGGCCGCGACCCAGCAGGUGCAGCACUACCGCCGCAAGCUCAUCAAGAAGGCGGCGCGUGAGGCGAAGGAUGCGGCGGCGGCGGCGGCGGCGGCGGAGGCGCGCGACUCGCCGGAACCGCGCCGGCGCUCGCCGGACGACGACGCCUACUCAACAUCAUCAAAAAAAUCAAAGAAAUCUCGGGAGCCCUCAUUAUCGCCACCACGAGAAAAGAGAUCUCGAUAUAGUGAAAGAAAAUCGCGGUCUCGCUCGAGGUCACGGGAGAGGGAGCGUUCGCGGGAGCGGGAGCGGGAGAGGUCGCGGGAGCGGGAGCGACGGCGCCGCUCGCCCGCCACGCCGCCCGCCCACCACCACCGCAAACAUCCCAAGCACGCCAAGUACAAGUACUGAGCCCGCCCGAGACACGCGACGUUGAGCCAGCGUUCACUGUAAAUAUAUUAUGUCGACUGAUACGAUGUCUUUUAAUUUGCUACUUCGCUUCUGACUCCUCCUUUAUUGACGGCCAGU